AUGGCCGCCCGGACAGCAUCUCAACGGCUUCUUCUCCCCAGGCCAUCCAUCCCUCUCCUUCGCCCCUCAAGGAUUCCUAGCUCUCAAUUCCCUUCUCCCUCUCGCCGCGCCUUCAUCUCCCUCCCCGGAACAUCCCCCCAAAGCCUCGUCGCCACCCGGACUCUCCCCUACCGUCACGAGCCUCUCUACGAGCUGAUUGCAGACGUCGACUCCUACUCUGCCUUUGUGCCCUACUGCUCGCACUCCCAAGUCACCAAGUGGUCCUCGCCAGACGAUUCUGGCCGCCGCUGGCCCGCCCUCGCCGACUUGCACGUGGGCUGGGGCGGCUUUGACGAGGUCUUCACGAGCCGCCUGCUCUGUGUUCCUGGCGUCUCAGUCGAGGCGCGCAGUGGCGGCUCUGCUGGAGGUGGCCUUGUACAAGAUGCCUCUUCCGUGUUCAAGACUCUCGAGACCCUCUGGUACUUGACGCCAGUCGCUCGCCAGUCUGCGGCGCCGUCGACCGAGGUUCGGCUCACCAUCAAGUUUGAAUUUGUCAACCCGCUCUAUGCCGCAGUUAGCGCUGCCGUCUCCGACAAGAUCGCUGCACUCAUGAUUGACGCCUUUGAGAAGCGAGUGCACUGCAAGUUGGGAGCUCAACAGCGCCUGUAG